AUGGCAAUGAAACUAAAUUAUCAGUCUUCUUUAUUUGGAUCAAUACGAUUGAAGAAAAUCAAAAAUGAACAUUUCUUUUUAUAUUUUGUUGCUUUUUGUUGUCUCAACUUAUGCUGGUAAACUUCAACCAAAACUUCCGAAAUUGAAGGAACCCAAGCGACCUGUAAAUUCUAACAUUGGUGCUUCUGGAAUCCAAUCCAGUUCAAGUGUUGGCUCUGCUAAUGUAAGGAAAACCAGAUCGAUUACCGAUCCUGGUUUUAGAACCUUAGUCAUCCAACGAGAAAGGGAAAAUUGUUUCUCUAAGUUUCCUGUAAGGAUGUGUGCUGAUAACGAAAAUGCUUCACAAACUGAAUCCCAGCAGGUUGAUCUGGUUUGUCUGGAUAAGAGUUCAGAUCCACUUGCCAUUCUUUUGGUCAAAGAAGCUAAAAAACGAAUGCUUUCUGAAUUUAUGGGUCGUGACAAGACUGAAACUUAUACUUACGAUUCACCAACCAAGUGCAGCAAUUAAGGAAUCAAUUCGAUAAAUUAAA